AUGAAGUUCAAGCACUCUCCGAACUCGCCUUCUCAAACCCUAACCGCCACGACCUCUCAGGAUGCCAGGCUUCUCGUGCGCGAGACGCUCCGAAUCAGCGCCAACCUCGCCUCCGCUCCGCCGUCGGCGUCGUCCUUGGUUGCUGCGGAGAGUAUUGGAUUGAGGCCGCGUGAGGCAAAUUUGGGACUGGUUGAGGAACAAUUCGUUGAUUCGAGCUUGAGAUUGAUUUGCUGCGAAGAGAUCGAUGGACGAAAAUGGAAUUACUUUGCCGAGAAGGAUAAUUUUAAGCAAUUCAAGAAGAGUUCGAUCCGUGCUGUUGGCUUGCAGACUCACCAAGCCCCUGUAGAUGAAUUGAUGUCAUUCAUAAGAUCCUAUGUAGUGCCAGAAGGUUUUCCUGAUAGUGUUUCACCAUCUUAUGUACCGUACAUGUCAUGGAGAGCUUUGAAGCAUUUUUUCGGUGGAGCAAUGGGUGUUUUCACAACACAAACGCUUUUGAGUUCAGUUGGAGUCUCGAGAAAUCGAGCUGCUCCUGGGGCUGUAGCUAUCAACUGGAUUCUCAAGGAUGGUGCUGGUCGGGUUGGUAAGAUGCUUUUCGCUCGGCAGGGGAAGAAAUUUGAUUAUGAUCUAAAACAGCUUCGGAUCACGGGUGAUCUGCUAAUGGAGUUGGGUGCUGGUGUAGAACUGGUAACUGCGGCAGUUCCACACCUUUUCCUGCCUUUAGCCUGUGCUGCCAAUGUGGCCAAGAAUGUUGCUGCUGUCACAUCAACAUCAACUCGCACUCCCAUAUACAAAGCCUUCGCUAAAGGAGAAAACAUUGGCGAUGUCACUGCUAAAGGGGAAUGUGUUGGAAAUGUUGCAGAUCUGCUGGGAACUGGAAUGAGUAUCUUGAUGGCGAAAAGAAAUCCUUCCUUGGUUACCACAUUUGCCCUCCUUUCCUGCGGAUAUGUUCUCAGUUCUUACCAAGAGGUAAAAUCUGUUGUAUUGCAUACGUUGAAUCGGGCUAGAUUCACUGUAGCAGUAGAGUCCUUCCUCAAGACAGGGCGAGUUCCAACAUUGCAGGAGGGCAAUAUGAUGGAAAAUAUAUUCACUUUUCCCUGGUCCAAAGACAGACCCAUUGUUCUUGGACCUAGGUUUAAGGACGCAUUCCAAGAUGCGAAUUCUUAUCUCACCGUAGAACCUGUUUUUGAGAAAGAGAGAUAUAUAGUGACGUACAACCCUUCUAAGGGUAAUAUAUUCGCACUGCUCAAGGAUCAAGCAAAGUCAGAUGACAUUCUGAAAGCAGCUUUUCAUGCUCAUGUGCUUCUGCAUAUUGUUCGUUCCUCAAACGAGAAUGAAUCUUCCUCUAGAAGACAACUGGGAAGUGAUCAUUCGAUUUUAUUGCCCUCGACUACUGAUAUGGAGUCCCAUGUUGUGGAAUCUUAUAAGAUGGUCUCAGCUUUAUAUGGACCCUUCAAGACUAAAGCUAAAGAACAGGUAAUUAGGGACAUGAAAGUUAAUGAAAGUAAUAAGGCCGUUACUUUGAAUGUUCUCGUCUUGCAUUCAAGGGCAAAAGCUGGAAACAAUUUUUAUUUGCAAAAGAUUACAUAA